CUGAAACAUCAGGCGGACGGGCGCACCGACCGGCUCGUCCAUCUUCUCCGGUGGCGGCGCUCGCCCCGACCGCGCUCGCCAAUCAUGACGCUGAAGUCAAAGCACCCGGGUCACUGAAGAGCCAUGGGCGAGGGGUCCCCCCCGGCUGGCCGGCGGACCCGGCUCACCUCCUUGCUGGUUCUGGGGCAGCGUCCCCGGGAGGUCACCUUAGACCCGGAGCGGGGGAUCUUGGCAUGGCGGGACCCAGAGCCACCACCACGCAGGGGACGAGAGUGUUGUGCUGUGCCCACUUCUGAGAUUAUUGCCGUCGAGGAAACAGAAAUUGAUGAGAAACAAUCUAAUACUGGAAAAUGGCAUAAAAUGGCAAAACCACGCGCAUUCACAGUGUACCACGUGAAGAGGGCACAGCAACACCGCUGGCGGUGCAACGAAGUGACAUUCUGGUGCAUUGAUGAGCAACUUUGUAAGCGGUGGAUAUGUAUGCUAAAAGAAUUACUUGACUCACAGAUCUCUAGACCAAAGCACUUGCUUGUAUAUAUUAAUCCAUAUGGCGGAAAGCGACAAGGAGAGAAGUUAUAUGAACAAAAAGUAGCUCCACUGUUUAGCCUGGCUUCCAUCUCCACUGAUGUUAUAGUCACUGAACAUGCCAAUCAUGCUAAGGAUAACUUAUUCGAAGUUAAUCUAGAGAAAUAUGAUGGUGUUGUUUGUGUUGGUGGCGACGGAAUGUUCAGUGAAGUGAUGCAUGGCCUGAUUGGAAGAACACAGAAGGAUUCUGGCAUAGAUCAAAAUAAUCCCAAAGCACCAUUAGUCCAAUGCAAUAUCAGAAUUGGCAUAAUCCCUGCUGGUUCGACAGACUGUAUAUGUUAUGCAACAGUUGGCGUCAAUGAUCCAGUAACAUCAGCAUUACAUAUCAUUGUGGGAGACACUCAGCCUCUGGAUGUCUCUUCAGUACAUUGCAAUAAUACAUUUCUGAAAUACAGUGCAUCACUGUUGGGGUAUGGUUUUUAUGGAGAUGUACUCAAAGACAGUGAAGAGAAACGCUGGAUGGGUCCUGUCAGAUAUGACUUCUCAGGUUUCAAGACCUUCCUCUCCCAUCAUUAUUAUGAGGGAACGAUAUCCUUUCUGCCAGCAACACAUACUGUAGGAUCUCCAAGAGAUAAAAAGCACUGCAGAACUGGGUGCCGUAUUUGCAAGCAAAGUAAAAAACAGCUGGAGAAAGAGGAGCAGAAAUACAGAAACGAAAUUAAAGGGGACGAAGAAGGAGAAUGGAAGGUUAUUAGAGGAAAGUUUCUAGCCAUCAAUGCAGCAAAUAUAAGUUGUGCCUGUCCGCGGAGUACUAAAGGCCUUUCCCCAGCUGCUCACUUGGCUGAUGGCUCCGCCGACCUCAUUCUGGUUCGCAAAUGCUCCCGGUUCAAUUUCCUAAGGUACCUCGUAAGGCAUACUAACCAGGACGAUCAGUUUGACUUCGACUUUGUGGAGGUUUAUCGGAUUAAGAAGUUUCAGUUUACAUCAAAGCAUUUUGAAGAUGGUGACAGUGAGCCUGUGGAUGUGCAGAAAAAGCACUUUGGCCAGUUCUGCAGAGACCAUCCUCCUUGCUGUUGUGACCUCCCCGACAGUACUUGGAACUGUGAUGGAGAAACUCUAGAUAGCUCAUCAAUUGAAGUCAAGGUUCACUGUCAAUUAAUGAAACUCUUUGCAAGAGGAAUAGAGAAGAAAUCCAAACACCAAGCAACGUACAAGCAACUUACCUGAGCAAUUAAUUGAAGUCAGCCUUCCAUGAAAAUUAGAGACGACAGAAGGUGGCUGCCUGGACAAAUAAGCAUUUCAGGCCCGUUAAUAAAUAUGCUUUAAAAUGGAAUAUAUUUUUGCGGUUAAAUUUUAAUUUUGGCAAUAUUCCUUUUGGGUGAAUUUUUUCAAAGAUUUUCGAUUUUCAAGCAGGUCAGGCUAUUGUUUUUAAAGAAACUUAACAUGCGGUAUAGAGGAUGGCAUUUGGAUUUUAUUUUCUUUCUGUCUUUUCCUUUUUGAAGAGCUCAUUCUGUGGAUACGCUGCAGUAAUAGCUAGGCAUGCGUUCCAGUGGCAUUAAAUCAGCCUUGUAAAAUAAACCUGCAGGUGUUAUUAGCCUGCUAAGAAACUAAUUUGCUGUGUUUCCACGCCCCUUCUCUACAGCCAGCAUGAAAAUGCACAAUACUGGCUUCUUAGCAGGCUAGUUUGAAAUCAAAGAUGCCGUCUAUUGGUUGGACUGGUGGAGGAAGGGCAGAGGGAUCUGUUCCUCCUGGGCCAGACCUACUCACUUGCCAGCACUGCAUUUUAUGCACUCACCUGCAUAGAAUUUCUUGCUGCCUAUGGAUACCAGGGGAGUGGUGAUCUGUUAGGGUACAAGGCUGCCUUAAAUGUGGUGGGAGGUUUGCCGUUGACUUCAGUGGGAUGCAAUUUUGCAUCCUUAAUACAGUGCAAAAAAUUUCCAUCGAGUUCUCAUCUUAGAGUUGAUAAUUUAAAAAAAACAA